ACCCCAAAGCGGUUGCUCGUUCUGCGACAGUCUGGGUGUGAGGUCCCCGAUCUCAAUAGUUGGCAAACAGGGACACGCGCAUUUGGCGACCUGUCUGGUUGUAUGCGCGCUCGCUAUCUCGCUCGCUAACGCGCGCGGGUCGCCGGUCUAACUGCGAUCGGAACGCUUGCUUCGUUGCGAUUGGCAGUUGAUUCCAAUGUGGUUUGGGCGGCCAAUGCCCUCUCGCCUCUUGCGCGCGCGUGCCCUGAAAAUGAUCGAUACACCCCGCUCCAGCAAGUACAGCAUAAGCUCAGAGAGCGGUAGAGGAGACCACAUUCGUUGAUUGGUCCGAAUUGGCAAACCAAUGAAGAAACCAAACUGCGGCCUGCAUUUGGCCUACAGCGCCCUACCAAUAGCUGCUAUGUCUCCGGCUCCCGCCCUCACGGCUUGACGUGGCGGAAUCAGUCUGGCUGCCCCAACCCGUAGGCAAUGCACCUCCGUGGGACCGCACUUUGAUUACGCUCUUCGCUCUGCAUAGUCCCCGGUUAACCAAAUCACUAUGCUGCAACGUCCAACUCUGUUACCUAGCUCAAUGAGGAUGGUUAGUCGUUUGACGGAUGCCCCGAUCAUAUCUACUGAAUUAUCCUCCGAAGACACUAAACCUCGUCCCUUCGAUACAUUUGGUGAUGAAGAGGUCGUUGUUGUUGAACCUACGGACCCCGACGAGGACAGACUCCUGCAAGAAGAACUGAAUCGUGUUGCAGAUUUAACUCCUUUUUCUACUUCCCUUCUCAUCAACCGAUCACACCCGCUAAGUAGUCUGCCGCCGACCAGCUCAAACCCUGAAGUAGGAAGGUGUACUAAUCAUCCCGUCGAGGCGAUCCCUGUUGCCCAGUUAGUCGAGUCUCCUAAAACCGUUGACACUGUGUCCGUGACUGACGCUUUGCAAUCCCUUUUGUCUGCCUCUGCUCGUGUGAAUCAGUUUCAUAAUACCUCGAUUCAGCCGUUACUAACGGCCAAAGUGAAUACGAGUGCCAAUCUAGUUAGCCAAUGUGCAACUCCCACUCCCCUAUCCACAUUAUGGUUACCCCCUUCUGGUACCACAACUACCAUGGCCCCCACAUCUUCAUCAACCAAUUCCCUCACAAGUUCUUUCGAGGACAUCACUAAAUUGGCUCAACACAUGGCUCCUUUGAACCCACUGACUGCCGCUGUGCUUGUGAACUGUGCAACUGUGAAUCUAAUUGGUCAAUUGGCCGGAUCUCUGGUCGCUCCUGUCUAUAACACAGGCGCAUUCACGUCGUCAACUGGUUUGUUCCAAAAUGGAGGCAUCACCUUGAGCGGUCUACUUCCCACGCUACUCUCCAAUUUCAACGCAAACGUUUCUCUCUCCGAGGCUUAUGGGAGUAACAUUGUUCGUACAACUAGUGAUGCUAACCCACCGGAGCAACAUGUGGUCACUCAACCGUCUAGUGACUCUACUGUGUCCCCCCAUACUUGUCCCGCGACAGCUGCUUCAUCGACCACACUCACUACAUCCAUGACUGAAACGAUGAACCGAACUGCCAUCCGCGUGAAACGUUUCAAGUGUUCUGCGCCGAACUGUAACUUGGCCUUCUACAGUCGUUUUAACCUCGCGGAGCAUGUCCGCACUCAUACGGGUGAGCGUCCGUUCACCUGCCCCGACGCGGAUUGCUCGGCCGCAUUUAAGCGUCGACGUGAUUUGCGAGAUCACUGGAACGCGCAUCUCUCUCGCAUGUCCAGCGCUACCAUGACUGCGGACGCCGGUUCAAAAACAGACGCCAUGAGUGAAAGUGAAGUAACUGUUAACCGUAACGAAUUUCCAGAUCGUUCCACCGCGUCUGUACCUGUUCAUACCUCCAUCCCGUCGUCUCCAUUGGACGUUAAUGACACCACGAUAAAGAUGACCAGUGAAACAGAGGUACCCGAUGGUGACAGCGAUGCGAACUACUUCCAGGCGGAUGAUCAGUCCACUAUCGGCCGAUACCGUUGCCCAUUCCAUGGAUGUGACAAAUCGUAUGCCAGACGACACCGACUUAACCAACACGUCUCCUGGCAUACGGGGGCUAAGCCAUUCCAGUGUGAUGAACCCAAUUGCAAGAUUCGUUAUUAUUCUGAAGGAGAUCUCAGGAAGCACAAGUUGGCUCAUCUGAAUGCGUCGGACAGAAGCCACCGGCGUCGACACGCAUGCCCUUAUCCAAACUGCGGGAAGGCCUACUCCAAAAUGAACAAGCUGAAGGAACAUGUCCGAUCGCAUACAGGCGAGAGGCCAUAUGUAUGUCGAGAGCCGGGCUGUGGGGCCGCAUUUAUUCGGCUUUACGGCGUACGGCGCCACGAAUUGACUCAUGUGUUUGGCCGCAGGCGUGCAAAGCGCCUGGCUCGUUUUCCGACAGCAGAACCGAGCACAGCGAACGUACUACUUGUGGAACCACCACCAUCACAUGUCCAACCUCCCCGGAUUGAACAGCCCGCUCCCAGCGCGAUAACGGACGCCGUUUCCAGCAUUCUAGCCUCACUCGGACUGAGGCCUUCAGGCGCUAACGAGGUGACGCCAGACAUCACGGCGUCCUCCAGUCCCCGUGCACUCCCCGCCAUUGCUCCUAAAACAACCACUCCGGUAAGUCUGCGCCCUUUAUCUCCUAUUAGUGGGCCACCAGGAAUGAGGCGACCCCAUGUAUGUCCCUUCAAAGACUGUGGAAAAGCUUUCCCGAAAUUAAACAAGCUGCGUGAGCAUGUCUGCCGUCACACUGGCGAACGUCCAUAUGUCUGUGAUAAGUGUACAGCCUCUUUUGUACGAAUGUAUGACCUCAGACGCCAUGGAAACAUUCAUCUGCGCGGAGGAGAGCCUCGCAGUGCUCACCGAGUUCUCGCUCCACGUCCACACGAGUUCCAGAACGAAGCUGCUUCCAUUCCUCAUACACCCAUGCAACCGGAAGCUGAGACAGUCCCCGUGAACUGAGUUCGCUGCAUUUCAACCCCCACACACAUUGUGCCCAUCGGAUUCUCUCUCCCGACGGUCGGCUGUCUUGGCCCAUCGAUUUGUGGCACACCCUCAAAACCGCACCAAAGUAGGUUCUAUCUCAGUGGUGAUUGUUUUGUACUUCGUUUCCACGAAUUUACUCCCAUGCUUUCUGCGUGAUAUGUGACAUCGUCCAGAUAGACUUGGUUUUUUGUUGUCUACUUUCUUGUCGUGGUUUUUCUCAUUCUCUUGUACUUUAUUUGAUUCUUCAUCGACUCCAUUUUAUCACUGAACUCCAGGUGAAUGAACAUCUUUUACAUGUUUGCGUGUUUAAUUAUGUGAAUUCGAUCAAGUACUGUUGUUCUUU